UAAGUCAACGCGUAUACGUAACGAAAACAUACAUUAGAAACCCGAUUAUCUGGACCUAUUAUCCGCUAAUCGGAUUUGCAUUGUAAUAUUCGGACAUCGACAAACCGGAUGUCAUAAAAUAAGGUCUUAUAGUCGGAUUUCUAAUGUAUAUCUCAACUGUUUUGAGUGAACUUUAAAACCAACAGUAAUACAAAAAAGUUCAAUUAUGAAUUUACGUCUACACAUAUUUUUUGGACAAUUUAUCUGGUUAAUAUCCGUGUUAAAUGGUAAAAGUUUCCAAGGCAUACCCGGUUAUGGAAGGAAUCUGGUCAUUAAAGCUAUACCGGCUGUCGAUGAUUACCAGAGUGCUCUGUAUGAAGUGUUCAUGGAACCCUAUUUAUAUGAACUCGGCACAGGUUAUCCGGUUGGCAAUGAUCGAUCACAGAAGCAAAUAGAACUGGCUGAGCCCCGCCACCCCGGUCCAGGCCUGAAAGCGAUAGUUCACUUGGAAGCCGACCAGGAAUCCGGGGUAGAAGGUGAUCUGGUCUUCACACAAAUCGUCCCCAACGGCCCUGUGACGAUUGAAGGGAAUGUGACAGGCUUGCCUGCUGGUCUGCAUGGCCUGCAUGUCCACCAGAGCGGUGAUAUAAAUGGCAACUGUAUGGAGAUUGGCCCUCAUUUCAUAGCUUAUUACGGUCGUCACGGUGGCCCUCGUGACGGUAUACGCCAUGUAGGCGAUCUGGGCAACAUAAAGGCGGAAGAAGGUACCCCACUGAACGUGAAAAUCUUCGAUCACCUUAUCUCUUUGACUGGUCCCAGGUCUAUAGUGGGUAGAUCUAUAGCUAUCACGAAGAGUGAGGAUGACUACGGUAGAGCCAGUACGGAAGAAAGCGCUCUCACGGGCACAUCGGGACCGGCCAUUGCCUGUGGCGUCAUAGGAUAUUUGAAUUAAAUGCAAUGGCGAAGUUAGAAUGAAUUAUCGGUUCAUUAUUGGCUUAUUUUGCGAUACCGUAUCGAUAAAUCACCCAUUACAUGAAUGAGUUUGCUGAUCAGCAUUAAUCGUUAACAUUUAAUUAAUUUUAAUAGUGCCAACUAGCCCUCUUAAAUAGACAGAAACAAAAAUAACGCUACCCCGUUCCACAAAGAACAGAAAAAAGGCAGCAUGUCUUCUAGGUGGUUUAAUGUUAUUAUUUUAAAGGUUUUAACAACAACAGAAUGGGCACAAAUGUCUUAUAGAGUUUUUCUUUUUGUGUUGUAGCACAGUAAUAGAAUAUAAGUACUCAAUAGUAACUACAUAAUAGGUUUGUACAUACUUUCGAAACAACUAUGAAUGAAUAUACUUUUUUUGCACACCACAAAAAGAACAGAAAAAGAAGAAAAGUAUAUAAUUUGACGGCCUUAUCGCUUCAUAGCGAUUUCUUCCAGGCAACCAACUAUCUAUUACGCAAUAUCCUAGAUGAUAGUCUCGCAGGCGUAAAAACGUCGUUGUUCGUGUACCCGCGGAAGC